AUGGUUGGCCUAGGUCCUCGCCCUCCGCCCUCUAGAAAAGGGUCGAAGGCCGAUAUACCCAAGGACACCAUGGAGGCGAUCCGUAAGCUCGAGGAGAUCUUCACGGUCGAUACUGCCAAGCUCAAGGCCAUCACCGAACACUUCAUUGCCGAACUUGCCAAGGGUCUCAGCAAGGAGGGCGGCAGCAUCCCCAUGAACCCUACUUGGGUCAUGGAAUAUCCCGAUGGCAACGAGACCGGCACGUUUCUAGCCCUCGACAUGGGCGGCACCAACCUUCGCGUCUGCCAAAUCACCCUCACCGAGAAAAAGUCCGAGUUCGACAUUAUCCAGUCCAAGUACAGGAUGCCUGAGGAGCUCAAGACUGGAAAGAGCGACGAGUUGUGGGAGUACAUUGCCGACUGUCUUCACCAGUUCCUCGAAACCCACCACGGCGACACCAAGAACAUCAAGACUCUGCCACUGGGCUUCACCUUUUCCUACCCUGCUACGCAAAACUAUGUCGAUGCGGGCAUCCUGCAGCGGUGGACAAAGGGAUUCGACAUCGAUGGCGUUGAGGGCCAGGAUGUCGUUCCCAUGUUCGAGGCUGCCCUCGCCAAGCGUGGCGUUCCCAUUCAACUGACUGCUCUCAUCAAUGAUACCACUGGAACUCUCAUGGCCUCGGCCUAUACCGACCCCAGCAUGAAGAUUGGUUGCAUCUUUGGCACCGGCUGCAACGCCGCGUACGUCGAAGACUGCGGUUCCAUCCCCAAGCUUGCCGAUAUGGGCCUCCCUGCCGACAUGGGAAUGGCCAUCAACUGCGAGUGGGGUGCUUUCGACAACGAGCACAAGAUCCUUCCGCGCACUAAGUACGACAUCACCAUUGAUGAAGAGUCUCCUCGUCCUGGCCAACAGGCUUUCGAGAAGAUGAUUGCAGGCCUCUACCUGGGCGAGAUUUUCCGCCUCACUCUGGUUGACCUGCAUGACGAAAAGCACAUCUUCGAGGGGCAAGACAUUGCUUGUCUUCGCAAGGCCUACAGCCUCGAUGCUUCGUUCUUGUCUGCUAUUGAAGAGGAUCCAUUUGAGAAUCUGCAGGAGACUUUGGACCUGUUUUCCAACAAGCUGCAGAUUCAGGUCACUGGGCCGGAGCUCGAGCUUAUCCGCCGCCUCGCCGAGCUCAUCGGCACCCGUGCCGCCCGUCUCUCUGCCUGCGGUGUCGCUGCCAUCUGCAAGAAGAAGAACUUCAAGACCUGCCAUGUCGGUGCCGACGGCUCCGUCUUCAAUAAGUACCCUCACUUCAAGGCCCGCGGUGCGCAGGCUUUGAAGGAGAUUCUUGACUGGCCCGACAAGACGGACCCUAAGGCUGAGGACCCGAUUGAGAUUCUGGCUGCCGAAGACGGCAGUGGUGUAGGCGCCGCGCUGAUUGCCGCGCUGACGCUGAAGCGUGCGAAGGAGGGCAAUAUGGCGGGUAUUCUUCACCCUGAGCGUUUCAAAUAG